GACAGCAGUUGCCUUCCAUAGAGAUUGCAAUCAAGUUUCAUUCCAGGACAAUAUGAAAUUAGCCGUGGCCUGUGUUAUUGCGAGCCUUUUGCUCUUGGACGUCACAACUGGCAGCUGGUGUCCAUGUGUGACAACACCUCGUUGCCACCCACCAACAACACCCACGACUACAACGCCCACAACAACAACAUGCACGACCACAACACCCACAACAACAACAUGCACGACUACAACACCCACGACAACAACACCCACAACAACAACACGCACAACAACAACAACAACUGAUUGCCCCACUACACCAACAACAACAAGGACAACCAGAACCCCAUCAACAACAACGAGAACCAAAACCCCAUCAACAACAACGAGAACCAAAACCCCAUCUACGACAACGAGGAAAACCCCAUCAACAACAACAAGAAAAACAGUACCACCCACAACUCCACGUCCCUGGUAUCCAUGUGAUGUCUGCGGUCCUGGUGGCAAAACCUGCGAAGGUUGCCCCACUCAAGAUCAUCUCUGCCGUGAGCUCCUCAACCAAAUGGAGAAUCUAAAGAACAGAAUUCGUAUUUGCGUCUGCGGCGCCAACAAAUAUCUCAAAAAUUGGCCAAGAGCAUCAGUUACAGUUUUAACUUUCAGUGACUUACACAACGCCAAUAUGAAAUUCGCAAUUGUCACCAUUAUUGCCAGCUACUUGCUGCUGAACUGCUUGGCCAGCUGCAGUUGGAAGCCACCAACCACCACAACGACACCCAAGCCAUGGGUAUGCCAGCCAUGUGGACCUGGUGGCAACAAGUGUGACGGUUGCCCCACCCAGCAGGAUCUCUGCCGCGAGCUGGUCCAAACCAUUUUCAAUAUUGAGAAGCGUGUUCGCUCCUGCGUCUGUGGUCAACGCAGUUGGCAGCUUUAAGUUCAUGGAGCUGACACCCGUCGUUGUUGUUUUUAAUUCUAAUCAGCAUACUUUUUUUUUUUGAUAUAU